CGCUCGACGUUGUUAUCAGUAUUCGUUGACUAACCGCGAGUGUCGUGCUAAGCUAACGGACCAUUUGAGUGCCGAAUCAUACGCGACGUUCGUGUGACGUUGUAAUAAUUUUUAAUAAUACAAAUAUGUCGCGCAGCGCGGUGUGACGCAAUAACUCAGAACAGCCGUUUUCAGAAAACGCGACCGACAUGAUUAUGAGCUGCGAACUUUUGGAGGGCUGGGUGUCCAAAACGCUAUCGGCCGAUGGGGUAUUCGGUUCGUGCGGCGCCCACCCGGUCGUGUUCGAAACGGAACGUGACCCGCGACACACGAGCCGCACCAAGCAGGUGCAGUGUUUGUCGUCGUUGAUGGUGUCCGGCUACCUGAGGAUGGCCGGCCGCGAACAGUUUGCGCCCGUCCGGGUGACGAUCAAGCUGAAGCCGACCAUCGAGCUGCUCCGGACGGUGCUCAAGUCGGACAGGCAGUUCCACAACGAGAUGCACGUGUACAAGACGGUGGUGCCCACGCUGUUGGAGCACUUGCCGGACGGCGUGGACGGGCCGUCGUUACCGACGUUCGUGUUCGGCAAAAACGACGGCGGAUCCGGCCACAACGAGGACAUGAUUGUACUGGAAGACCCGCGGGCCCUCGGCUACGCGGUGUUGGCCGAGCGCGAGCACAAGCACCUGGACUACGACCAUCUGGCGGUAGCCAUAACCACGCUGGGCCGGUUCCACGGCAUGUCGUUCACGGUCAAGCAAAAGAAUCCGGUGGUAUUCCGCAAGCUGGUCGGUAACCUGCGCGAGAUCCAAUGGGACGAGGACGGGUGGCUGGUCAAGAACAACGGGCUCAAGUCGUUGGGCAUGCGCGGCGCCAAGCCGCUUAUGGAGUUGGAACAGUACCAGGACGGCAAACUCAAAGGGUUCUUGGCCAUGAUUCGGGAGGCCGACCGCAACCUGAAGUUGGCCAUGACGCCCAAGGAACCGUUCGCGGUCAUAUGCCACGGCGACUUCAACAAAUGCAACAUAAUGUUCAAACACGACGAAUACGGGAAGCCUUACGACGCAAUGAUCACAGAAUUCACCGCCGUAAGGUAUGGCUCUCCCGGGUUGGACCUGUCGUACUUCCUGUACAAAAACGCCACGCAGGAGGUGCAGAACGAACGGUGGGACGACCUGCUGGCCGUUUACCUGGACGCGGUCAUGUCGGUGCUUCCCGAGGACGUUAGGGCGCCCACCUCGGGGCAGCUGCACCGGGAGCUCAGGCUCCACGCGCUCUACGGGUACGCGCACCUGUCGUUCGCCGUGCCCAACAUGAUCAACGAAAACCCUCAGGAACUGCUCGAAGUGGAUAAGCUGACCCUGCAGAACCAACUGGCCAACCGGAUGGAAGCGGCCGACGAGAAGAUCACGGCUAUCCUGUCGGCCACAGUCAGGCACAUCAUCGACCGCGGGUACGCCGAACAGUAUGAGUUCGGCAAUCCGAUUGGGUUUAUGUAGACUCCAUCGUUGUAAUUGUUAUUAUAUUAUACACAAUAUUAUAUUUCUACUAAAGUAUGUAAUACAAUUAUUUUUUAUAGCUAUUUUCAAACGACUACAAUUAUAGUAAUACUAUUUAUAAAAUAUAUGACCGCGAGUAUUUCAAAA